AGGUAAUAGCACAAUUUAAAAGAAAAUGGGAAGGUACAAUGAUGUGGAGGAAACGAGCGAAUUCUUACACGGCAACAACUGUCUCGUUUAUCCGCUCGACCGCAGGUCCGGUGGCGGGAGAGGAAAAGGUGUGACUAUCAAUCCGCAAUGUCGGUUGAAUUAGAUAAAUACGAUGAAGAUAAUGAUAAUGACAAUGAUGAUGAUAAUAAUAUUCAUCAACUUCAACGUAAUCGUCAACGACAACAACAACAACAACAACAACAACAACAACAAAAACAAAGCUUUAUGCAACUAGUUGCAAGUAAUGAAACGACUACUACUGCCAAUAACAACAGUCACGAUCCUAAUAAUAUUUUAUUAAAAGCAAAUGAAACAAUUACAACAACAACUACUACAACUAGUACAACAAUCAUCAACGAGCCCAAUCAAACUCAAUGUUGAUGGCAAAUAAAUCAUUUGUUUUUCUUAAUUUAUUAAUAAAAUAAAAGAAAAAGGAAAACAAAUUAUAUUUAAUUUACAUUAAAUGGUAAGGUUUCUUUGUUUUUUUUUUGUGGGGGGGGGGGUUUCAAAUUUACUUUUGUCAUUACAAAUUG